AUGGCAGAUAUGGGAGAAAAAUACAAUACGAAAUGCCCCGGAGUGAAACGUUUAAUGCGAGAGGCCAUGGAAUUAGCGGAGGCUACCGAAGAAUAUUGUGCCCGACCUUUAGAAGAUAAUUUAUUCGAAUGGCAUUUCACCGUACAAGGUCCUAAGGGUACCGAGUUUGAGGACGGAAUUUAUCACGGCAGGAUAUUAUUACCAAAAGAAUAUCCUAUGCAUCCACCUCAUAUAAUACUUCUAACGCCGAACGGAAGGUUCGAAGUUAACAAAAAAAUUUGUUUGUCUAUCUCAGGGCACCAUCCUGAAACAUGGCAGCCAUCUUGGUCUAUCAGAACAGCUUUGUUAGCUUUGAUAGCGUUUAUGCCAACACCUGCAGAAGGGACUAUUGGAUCACUUGAUUACAGUCCAGCGGAACGUAAAAUUCUAGCUAAGAAGUCAAGGAAUUGGGCUUGUCCUCAAUGUGGAGAAAUAUCAAAUCUUCUAUCAUCAACUGCAGCUAAACCAAUCACAGAGGAGGAACAAUCAGUUUUGAGCCAGAUAGCAUUUAAAGGAGAGGAAGAGCAAACUGCUAAACCACCAGAAGAUCCUGCUCAUGAUGUAGAACCCCAAAGCUUGGAAUCCACUGAUAACACUACUAAUUUCCUGGACCAACUAACUGAGAUUCUUGUUGCAUUACUUAUUGGUGCAAUAGGCAUAUUUAUAUACAGACGCUGGAAUGUCCAUGAAACUGUAGGCAGUGAUGACUUGUAA